AUGAUCACUGAUAUGAUAAAAGCAAUUAUGGAUACAUUAGGUGUAAGCAGUAAUCCAAGUUUUGUACCAAGAAUACAGGAUACAGGAAGCUUUUUGGCAUUGAUAAAUUCUGAUGAAUUCAUCCAUUUCCUACGAUUGAAUGGCCAAAAAAUUAUAUUUAUUAGUGGCAUAACAUUAGAUGGACCUGAAUCAUUAAAAGAGCAAUUAUAUAAUUUGAGAAAUAAGAAAGAAUUAUUUGCUAAAUUAUUGCAUACUUUUGUAAUAGCGCUAAGAUACCGUGCCGUAUUGUACUGUACUGUACCGUAUCAUUAUGUACCGCCGCAUACUAUUACGAUGCUCAAAAUUAAAUAA